GAUGCUGCCAUAUGAAGCCACUGUUGGUGCCUGGCGGUCGAGCUUUUGUAUGGCCUACCAUACAGCGCGUACAAAGAAUUUCCCUUAACACUAUGACUUUGCAAGUGGAGAGUCCCUGUGUUUAUACUAGUCAGGGCGUUCCCAUUUCGGUAACUGGCAUUGCACAAGUAAAGAUUCAGGGUCAAAAUGAAGAUAUGUUAUUGACCGCAUGCGAACAAUUUCUCGGUAAAGGCGAAUCUGAAAUACAGCAUAUCGCAUUGGUUACGCUAGAAGGACAUCAGCGUGCCAUUAUGGGCUCCAUGACGGUUGAGGAGAUUUAUAAAGAUCGCAAAAAAUUCAGUAAACAAGUAUUCGAAGUGGCUUCGUCCGACUUGGCCAACAUGGGCAUAACCGUUGUCUCGUACACCAUUAAAGAUCUCCGUGAUGAAGAAGGUGAUUCAAAGGGAUAUCUUAGAUCUUUGGGCAUGGCUCGCACUGCUGAGGUUAAACGCGAUGCUCGCAUCGGUGAAGCUGAGGCGCGUUGUGAUGCACAAAUUAAAGAGGCCAUCGCUGAGGAGCAACGUAUGGCUUCGCGUUUUCUCAACGACACCGAAAUCGCCAAGGCACAACGUGAUUUCGAAUUGAAGAAAGCCGCCUACGAUGUGGAGGUGCAAACGAAGAAAGCCGAAGCGGAAAUGGCUUAUGAGCUGCAGGCGGCAAAAACCAAACAACGUAUCAAGGAGGAACAAAUGCAAGUGAAAGUAAUUGAACGUACUCAGGAAAUCGCCGUACAAGAGCAGGAAAUACAGCGUCGCGAGAAGGAGUUAGAGGCUACUGUACGUCGACCAGCUGAAGCUGAGAAAUUCCGUUUGGAAAAAAUAGCUGAAGCAAAUAAAAUGCGCGUCGUUAUGGAAGCAGAAGCAGAAGCUGAAUCGAUUAAAAUUCGUGGUGAAGCUGAAGCAUUUGCCAUCGAAGCAAAGGCUAAAGCUGAAGCUGUACAAAUGGCACAAAAGGCCGAAGCUUGGCGUGAGUACCGUGAAGCAGCCAUGGUUGAAAUGUUAUUGGAAACUUUGCCUAAGAUUGCCGCCGAGGUUGCCGCGCCAUUAUCGCAAGCUAAGAAGAUUACCAUGGUUUCCAGUGGACAGGGUGAGAUCGGCGCUGCCAAAUUGACUGGUGAAGUAUUGCAGAUCGUCAACAAAGUGCCAGAAUUGGUUAAGAACAUUACUGGGGUCGACAUUGCCCGGUCUGUGCAUGCUGGCUAAAUUAAAAAAAAAAACACUAUGCUUCUACAAAACAACAACAACAAUAAUGUAUGAAAACCCACACGAACUGCAUAAAAAGGUAAAGGUGUCAAAAUUCUUAAACCAAAAAUU